GUGCGCAGUCUGAAAUUGGAGCAGGAGCUAGAGAAGAAUAAGAUCCUCUCUGAAGCGCUGCAGACUCUCGCCACAGAGCACCACGAACUUGAGCAAUCCGUCGUCAAGGGAUCUUCACCGCGGAGUGCCCUUAGUGAGGAUGAGUUCCACGACGCCGUGUCUGAAUCAGACUCUGAGCGCUCCCUGAGCGGCUUUGAAACGGUGGCCAGCCAUUCCUUUGAGGAGGACGAGGAGGACGAAGGCUCUGUCAUGUUAAGCAGCCCUUGCAGCAGCCCCACCAGCAUGUUGCAGGAGGAUCACCAUGGCGACAAGGAUGAGGCUCAACCCAACGGGAUCACAAAGCACAGGACCAGCUUACCUGCACCAAUGUUUUCAAGAAAUGACUUCAGUAUAUGGAGUAUCCUGAGGAACUGCAUUGGAAUGGAACUCUCCAAGAUUACAAUGCCAGUGAUUUUUAACGAGCCGCUCAGCUUCUUGCAGCGUCUGACAGAGUACAUGGAGCACACUUACCUCAUCCACCAGGCUAACACCUCCUCAGACUCUAUUGAGAGGAUGAAGUGUGUGGCUGCGUUUGCGGUGUCCGCUGUGGCCUCCCAGUGGGAGCGGACAGGUAAACCCUUCAACCCUCUGCUGGGAGAAACCUAUGAACUGGUUAGAGAGGAUUUGGACUUCAGGCUCAUAUCAGAGCAGGUAAGCCACCACCCCCCAGUCAGCGCCUUCCACGCUGAAGGCCUGAAGGAAGACUUUGUGUUUCAUGGAUCCAUCUACCCUAAACUCAAGUUCUGGGGCAAGAGUGUGGAAGCGGAGCCCAAAGGCAUCAUCACUCUGGAGCUGCCCAAGUACAAUGAAGCCUACACAUGGACAAAUCCUACAUGUUGUGUUCACAACAUCAUUGUGGGCCAGCUGUGGAUUGAGCAGUAUGGAAAUAUGGAGGUGAUCAACCACAGAACUGGUGAAAGGUGCUGUCUGAACUUCAAACCAUGUGGUCUCUUUGGCAAAGAACUGCACAAGGUUGAAGGGUAUAUUCUGGAUAAAAGCAAAAAGAAGCUGUGUGCGCUCUAUGGAAAAUGGACAGAGUGCCUGUAUGUUGUUGACCCUGCUGCAUUUGAAGUGCAUAAGAAAAAUGACAAGAAAGGGGCAGGCGAGAAAAAAGGCAGCAAAGAGGGCUGCAGCGAGGGUCAGGAGGAGGUUCCCUCUCCAGCUGCAGACACUGUGGAGAUGAUUCCUGGCAGCCAGCUGCUGUGGAGAAUCGCACCCAGACCAGCCAACUCUGUCCAGAUGUACAGCUUCACGUCGUUUGCAAUGCAACUAAACGAGCUGCGUAAGGAGAUGGAGGGAGCCAUUCCUCAGACAGACUGCAGGCUGAGGCCAGACAUACGAGCCAUGGAGAACGGUGACAUCGACCUCGCCAGUGAGGAGAAGAAAAGGCUUGAGGAAAAACAGAGAGCUACUCGCAAAAACAACUCCAAAUCUGAUGAAGAGUGGAAGACGAGGAGUCCUGCCCUGGGUCCAAGGUGGUUUCAGCAGGGGCAAAACCCCCACACCAACUCCCAGGACUGGCUCUUUUCUGGUGGAUACUGGGACAGGAAAUACAGCCAGCUGCCAGACAUUUAUUAAUGGACAUUUCCUGCACAGAGAAAUUUGCACCUUACAGUUACAAGUUUGUUUUUUUAAUGGAAUAGCUACAGGAACUACAAGCAAUAUGCAAACAGUGUACUUACACUGUGUGGCCUUAAUCAACUUUCUGAUGGGAAAACUGUGGGGGAAAAUGUCCAUAAUCAAUAUUGAAAACUUAUGAAAUGUAAAGAUGACAACACGAAUUGAACUCUCAGUGACCUCAUAAUGCUGUUCACAUUUCCUCUGGAAUCCAAAAUCACAAAAGACCUACAAAAACAUACAGUAUAUUUUCUACAUCAAUAUAACACUUAUAAGAAUUGUCUGGUACUAGUUUUGUUUUGAUUGUUUUAUUAACUGAAUGAUGUGUCUGUUGUGCCCAAUACUUCAUAAGGCACAGCUCUGUAAAUUUAUUAAUAUUUUUGCUGAAAAUCUUAAAUGUGUGUAUCAUACAGCCUGUCAGACAGACUAAAUAAAGUUGAUUGGGUCAUCUUAUGUUGACACUAUUGAAUUUUAAGGCGUUUUGCCUCAGCAUUUAAAGUAUUUUAUUGAAAACUGAAAUAAAACCUUUCCAUGUAUUCAUGUAUGUUUUUACCAUUUAUGUGAAGUAAGCUUGGGAUUUUUAGCGAAAUCUGAAAAUAAAGUGUAAUCUGAUCUAA